AUGGGCGUGGCCAAAUCUGAUCUGGGACCUGUUGUCCCGAACGAUAGGCUGUUUUGGCGUGAAGACCCGCCCCCUUUCAGUGUGUUUGGGAUGAACGCGUUUCUCAUUGGCUUAGAUGACAAGAGGCGUGUCCUGCAUCAAGCGAUCUCUGCAAGAGGCCGGAAUAGGAUCAUGAAUCAGACCCACAUGUCUGUCAUAUGUGUACCCAGAAAGAGGAAAAUGUCAAGACCAAAACUAACCCCUCAGACAUCAGAUGACAUAAAGGAGUUGGGGAAAGAAGCUGAAGGUGGUGGAAUGGUAACAUCGGAAAUUGAGGGAACAAGCUCCCAGAAAAUAAAGAGAACUUGCACCAGAAAAAAGUACCAUGAUCUCCAGCCUGUGGUCAUUGGACCUACAGAGGAUUCAGCCAGUGGGUCAUCUUGCAGUUCAUUUUUCACUUCCAGUCCAGUGAAUGGCUUAGAAAGCCAACAUAUACCCACUGGCCACACCAGCUCCUGCAGAAUGGUGGGGGAAAUGGAUGAAUCCAGUUCAGAGACUACAGAAGAGACAGAUUUUGUGCUGAAGAAGGAACGGAAGAUGGAGGAAGUUGGUCAGCCCUCGUUAAAAAGGUACACUGAGGAAGUAAAACAGACAGUACCUGUUAUAGUUCCCGUUGCUCAAUUCACUCCGAAAAAUCAGAUAGCGAACAGCACACAGGAACAGAAGGAACUUCAGUACACCAAGAAAGAGCCUCCUGUUUAUCCUCCAGGAAGUCAGGAGGAGAGAUGGCAGCUGCAGAUUUUGGAAAAGGGUCGAGUAACCUGUCCAAAAUGUAAAAGCGUUGGAAGAAAGACAGUUGAGGGCUUAAAGAAGCACCUGGAAACCUGCAAACUGAAUCGCUUUACAUGUCCACACUGUAGGAAACAACUGAAAACUUCUACUGGAAUGAAGUACCACCUCAUGGCUGACCACAACAACCUGCCCAUUCCAGAUACCGGGAAUGACUUUGCUGACCAAGCCGUGAAGGAGAAACUACGGAAAGUACUGAAGAGGAUGGGAAAAUUAAAAUGUUCAAAAGAGGGAUGCACUGGCAGUUUUACUAGUAUAAUGGGUUAUGUGUACCACAUGAAAAAAUGUGGCAAAGUGGAGUCAGAGUUGGAGAAACUGUUAUUGAACUGUAAACACUGUGGAAAAGCAUAUCGCUCCAGAGCAGGCCUGGAGUACCACAUCAAGAAUGAGCACAGCCCAACACCCCAGGAAAAUGAAGUAGAAGAGGUGAAGACACAGAAAGAGCCCAUCCUAGAGCGUACACAGAGUGGACGGGUCAAGCGUUUGUCUGCGCAGGUGGCCGUGUUCCACCUGAGGGAGAUCGCCAGUGAGGAGCUUCUUAAAGAGUGGCCCAAAAGGAAAGUGCAGCAUGACCUGGUGCCAGACGACAGGAAGCUGAAGUAUUCCCGUCCUGGGUUACCUGCUUUCAGUCAAGAUACUCUGCGCAAGUGGAAGAAUGAAGUCAAACUGCAUAAAAAAGUUAAAUGUCCGAACAAGGGUUGUGACUGCUUCUAUACCAGUGUAUCUGGCCUAAAGGCUCAUCUUGGGCUAUGUUCCUUGGGUGAAUUUGAAAUGGGGAAAUAUAAAUGCUUGAUAUGCAAGAAAGAAUUCAACUCUGAAAGUGGAGUGAAGUACCACAUCAAUUCCAUUCACUCUCAGGACUGGUUUGUUGUGAGGUCCAAAGCCAAGAGUUCCAAAUUUAAUAAACUGCACUCAGUCAAGACUCAGCUAAAGGAAGACUCCAUGAAGCAUUUAGACCUUCCCUUACCAAACCCAGCCCUCAGUUUUCCCCAGGGCCCCAACACCUGGCAAGACAGACAGACAUCAGCAGCGCCAGUGUCAAGUGGAACAACAAAUCCAGGAAUGGAGAAAACGAAGAGGAAGGAAGGCAGAAACAGCAGGAAGGAAAAAGCGAGCAGCCAGGAGAAAGACUGCUAUGAAUUCAGCGGCAGUGACAGUCAGAGCAGCAGCAGCAGUAGUGAGAGUUCAAGCAGUGAAUCGGAGGCUGAAGACACAGUGGACCACCGACCAGACGACUGGGCCCACAGUAGACCCCUCACGAAGCCUGGGUCCAGCCAGCAGCCUGAAAGUCAUUUAUAAACCCUCCAUUUUCUUUAUUUGAAAUAUGUGGUCAGGGCACUGCUGGAAGGGACAACUCAUAGGGUUGUUCCAGGCGAAACUAGGCAACUGAAUCCCUUCAUGGAGGGUCCUUUCACAAGACCGUAAGUGAAGAGUGUAUUCAUGUAUACAUUUUAAUUCCCUUUGUACCGUAUUUACAAGAAAAGCUAUAUAUGUUGAUUGGUCUAAUGCUAACAUUUUACAUAACCUAUCACAUCACAAUUUGAAUUGAUGAACUGUGAAUAAAGAUAUAUAUAUAUAUAUACACACUACCGGUCAAAAGUUUUGAAACACUCAUUCUUUAUUAAAAAAAAAUGUCUUCACAUUUUAAAAUAAUAGUAAAGUCAUCAAAACUAUAGAAGAACAUAAAUGGAACUAUGGGAAUUAAAUCCAAAAUAAAUCAAAACUGGUGGCGCGGUUACUCACCUCAAUCCGGGUGGCGGAGGACAAGUCUCAGUUGCCUCUGCUUCUCAGACCGUCAAUCUGCGCAUCUUAUCACGUGGCUUGUUGUGCAUGACACCGUGGAGACUCGCAGCAUGUGGAGGCUCAUGCUACUCUCCGUGAUCCACGCACAACCUACCACAUGCCCCAUUGAGAGUGAGAACCACUAAUCACGAGCACAAGGAGGUUACCCCAUGUGACUCUACCCUCCCUAGCAACCGGGCCAAUUUGGUUGCUUAGGAGACCUGGCUGGAUUCACUCAGCACACCCUGGAUUCGAACUCGCGACUCCAGGGGUGGUAGUCAGCGUCAAUACUCGCUGAACUACAAAGGCCCCAUGUGAAUAAAGAUAUUUAAUACUUUAAAUAAUGUAUACAUAUUAAGACUUUUAAUGUAUUUCAUUUUAUUGUGUUGUAGAGAGCGCUGUUUAUUUUUCUGUAAGCUCUGUCUCUAGAUGUGCACUUUUCACAGUGGACUAGCAGCUGACUUGUUGCAGUAUGCUUUGCAUGUAAUGAUGUUCAUGUAUGCUGCUGUGUUGUGAUAUUACUGAGUGUGAAUCUGUCUGUACAGAUGAUAGAAGUCAUGAUACUAUGUGGUAGUUGUUUUAUGGCAGUGAUAUUUUAGUAUGCCAAGUAUGCCGUUUCAUUGCACUGUUCCUGGAUGUCAGGGAGAGGAUGGGACUGGGGUUUCGGAUGGAAAAAGUUUAUUGUACAUUUGAAAAGCUGCGUUUCCUUGGAUUAAAA